UCUAAAGUCAAAGGUUUCCAUGGGGAGGGGAGUCUUUUAAAACUGCUUCUUAGUGCGGAGGAAGACCAAAAUAAGAAUUGGAGAAUAAUGGCGAUGACUCUGGAUGAAUUCACCCGCUCUGUAGACACCAGGUCUCUACCCAGAGUGCUGCAGAUUCAGUCUGGAAUCUAUUUCCAAGGCUCUGUGUAUGAGAUGUUUGGGAGCGAGUGCUGCCUUUCUAAUGGAGAGAUCCUGAAGAUCAUUGGAGUUAGUGUUUCUAAACUGACGGCAGAGAUUCAACCAGAUGGAUCCAACAGCGUAACGGUCACUCUACCACUGGACUAUCCAGGUCUUUUCAGGAUCGUAGCAGAUAAGAGGCCAUACCUCACCAUGGGAGAAAUUGCUGAAUCUCUGCGCAUUAGCUCAGACCGACUAGGCCAGCCCAUGUUCCGCUGUUCCUGUGACCUGCAACUAACUGAUUGCACAGUAAAGGAGGGGGAGAGUUUUACUCUAAAGUGUCUGAAAACAGAGAACGAUGAGGGGUCUGUGGACUGUGAGUAUGUCAUACAAAGAGAUCCCAAGCACCGCUUCACACUGAAGCUGUCACAACAGGGGGAGUUCUAUGAGUGUGAGGAUGACCAGUUCUACACACUGAAGGAGAUUGUGGAGUGGAAAAUACCUAAAGGCCGGAAAAGGACAGUUAAUUUGGCCAAACCUUUGCCCACGAUAGAAAGGUGCUUCUGUGAGCUUCCUGAGAACUACAGUGGAGAGUUGAUUCUCACACCUAUUUAUGAGCUGCAAGCUGUAAUGAAAUAUAGAAAGGAUGUUGUGCACAUCCCGUCCAACUUGGACGUAGAGGUCGUUGAUGUGACUGGGCAAUGUGAUGCUGACAGUUUUGUGCAGUUGCUAUCUUUGAGUGACAUCUCUAAGAAGCCUAGCGAGGAAUUCCCCUUGGUGGCAGAGAUCAUUGAGAGACCAUGGCAGCUUCAGAAGGAACUGCAGUUCCUUUUGAACUGCAAACAGGUCAUCAUCCACGGUGCCCCCCAAGCCAAACGGAUUCUAGCUUCUGAGAUCAGAACAGAUGGACAAAGACGAUUCUUGAUCCCCAUGUCUUACAGAGGAAGGUUCAAGCGAAGACCUCGAGUGUUUCCCACGGCGUACGACUUAGAGGUUGCCAAGAGAGACAAGGAGCAGCUUCAUGUAGUCGCCACAAGGGCCUUCGAGUCUCGAUACGAAGGGCUCUCCACUGUACUCGUAGGGGACCAGUUUCUGGUCCAGAGAAGGGAGACCAGUGAAGUGAUUUAUGGUGGCACGCGUAAGAUGGUGGAAGCCUUAGCCUGUGAGAAGAUCGAGGGCAAGAACUACGUGUCUGUUCUCAUCCCCAUGUGUCUGGAUGGCGGAUUUGUAGAGGUUAUCCAUGAUAAGAAGCAAUACACUAUUUCUGAGAUCUGCCAGCAGUUCCAUCUGCCCUUCAACGUCAAGGUGGCAGUGAGGGACCUCUCGAUGGCGGAAGAUGGCCUGGCCAUCGUGCCCGGGCUGCACCUGGAGGAGGAGAUCACAGACUCUUACCUGGUCAUCUCCACCAUGGACCAGUCGGAGUGUUGGGAGGUCCCCGUUAACCGCAGCUGCAUGACAGUACAGGUCCUUCACAGGAUGCCUGAACCCAGCCAGUCCCCUGAGGCACGCUGUGCGGUGGAGGAGAUUGGUGAAGACUGCUACUACGCCCUGAGGAGGUAUGCUUCGGCUACCAUCGUCCCCCCUCCGCGCCCACCCAAGAAACCCAAGCAGCCUUUGGAAGAAUCAGUCAAGCAGCAACCACCAAAGCCAUUGGGACCAAAGCCUUCCCGCUUACUGAAGAGUCCACAUGUUUACAAAUCAAAGCCAGUUACGCCUGUUUUACCGGGCAGUGCAAAAACAUCCAGCCCUAUUCCAGGAAAUGAAAUGAAGAUGGUUCCAAAUCUGGUCACUGUUCCCAAUCCAGUUAUCCAACAAGUUAACAGCUCAGAAAGUUGCCUCGAGGGAACAGAAGACAAGGAUGAUGACAGACAUGACUAUGAGUACAUUGAUGAAGAUGAGCUUGAGAACAUCAGGAGCAAGUUCCAGGAGCAAACUAUCCACAACACUGUCAAGGGGAAACCGAAUGCAUACGAUCAAUCAAUUUAAUUCACAAAAGCAGGUAGAUGAAAGCAGUGAAAAAAGCCACACAAUUUU